AUGGCUGACCAGUGUUCUCCUUCCACUGAGGGUGAAGUCCUUGGCCGGGAGCGAGCCAACUCAGUCCCCACAGUGGUUCGCAUCCGGGAAUAUCGAAAGACCGACAAUCCCCUUAAGAACACACCAGCACCCCAUACUCCUUACUAUACCCCUGUUCAGCGUAUUCCCGCCGGAACGGCAAUUGUUCCUCCUGAAUCAGAGGCAAAUUUACCGAAGCUGUUUCAGCCACUCCAACUCCGAGGUCUCACUCUCCAAAACCGCAUCAUUGUUUCUCCAAUGUGUCAAUACUCGGCUGAAAAUGGACACCUGACAGACUGGCAUCUCGCUCACUUAGGAGGGAUUCUUCAAAGAGGUCCUGGGCUCACAAUAGUCGAAGCUACAGCUGUUACCCCGGAGGGUCGGAUUACACCGGAGGACUCUGGACUAUGGCAAGACAGCCAAAUUGAGCCUUUGAAAAGGAUAGUGGAUUUCGCACACGGCCAGUGCCAGCACAUUGCUAUUCAAUUAGGGCAUGCUGGAAGAAAGGCCAGUACGGUUGCUCCGUGGAUUGACCGAAAGGCAGCAGCACCAGCUGAGGGUGGUGGAUGGCCAGAACUUGUUCUGGGGACAAGUGACCUGCCUUUCGACGCACAUACUUGCGUUCCUCGCACUAUGACGCUGAAAGAUAUCUCUGAAUUCAAGCAAUCUUUUCUCGAUGCUGUCCACAGGGCUGUAAAGGCAGGAUUUGACGCUAUAGAAAUUCAUGCAGCUCAUGGCUACCUUCUUCAUUCCUCGCUAUCGGCGGCUACAAACAACCUUCCUAAUCCUUACAGUGGUUCCCUGGAGAACAGAAUGCGUCUUCUCCUAGAACUGGUAACUACCACGCGCUCUGCUAUUCCGUCAUCGAUGCCACUCCUUGUUAGAAUCCCCGGUAGCGACUGGAUGGGACACGACCCCUCCGUGCCUUCAUGGGACAUUGAACAGUGUGUUCAACUCUCUCUCGAAUUGUCCAAACCUAAAUAUGGCGUCGAUCUUCUCGAUGUUUUAUCCGCAGGGUUAAUGGCAGAACAAAAAAUUGUGAGCGGUCCAGGAUACCAAGCUCCCUUCUCGGAAGCCGUUAAAAAUGCGAUUCAUGGAAGUAAAACACUCGUGGGAGUGGUUGGACUAUUGAAUACGGGAACACAUGCAGAAGAACUAUUGCAGAAACAGACAGCCGAUGUGGUGGUUGUUGGUAGAGGUUUCCUUCGCAAUCCAGGAUUAGUAUGGCAGUGGGCAGAGGAGCUUGGUAUCGAAUCGAGACUUGCGGGCCAAAUCGGCUGGGGUUUCGGUCAGAAAGCCGCGCGCGGUGUGUUAAUGGGCACCAAAGGCCUGUCUGCUAGAGGUUGA